GGUCUUGUUACUAGCUUGCCUGUAUUCGUUCAACACGUCGAAUCACUUCCAAGACCAUGCCCGCAAAGACGACGACCGAACUUCCCGUCGGAGACGUGGAUAACUAUGACUACGUCAUUGUUGGCGGUGGAACUGCCGGCUGUGUCAUUGCCAGCAGGCUGGCUGAGUAUCUUCCCCGUAUGAAGAUCCUACUCGUCGAAGGCGGCCCUAGUGAUUUCAUGGAUGACCGUGUGCUCCUUCUCAAGGACUGGCUGAAUCUGCUGGGAGGAGAGCUUGACUAUGAUUAUGGCACCACUGAGCAGCCAAUGGGUAAUAGUCACAUCCGGCACUCUCGCGCUAAGGUACUUGGCGGCUGCUCCAGCCACAAUACUCUGAUCUCCUUCCGCCCAUUCGAAUAUGACUGCAAGCGCUGGGAGAGCAAAGGUUGCACGGGGUGGUCCUUUGAGACCUUCUCCCGCGUCCUCGACAACUUGCGCAACACCGUCCAGCCGGUCCAUGCCCGCCACCGGAACCAGCUCUGCAAGGAUUGGGUCAACGCUUGCUCAAGCGCCUUUGAUAUCCCAGUCAUCGAAGACUUCAACAAGGAGAUCCGUUCAACUGGAAAACUGACCGAGGGCGUGGGCUUUUUCUCUGUCUCUUAUAACCCGGAUGAUGGCCGUCGUAGCAGUGCUAGCGUGGCCUAUAUCCACCCCAUGCUGCGAGGAGAGGAGCACAAACCCAACCUUACUGUUUUGACAGACGCCUGGGUUUCCCGCGUCAACGUCUCUGGAGACACUGUGACCGGAGUGAACGUUAUUCUGCAAUCAGGCACCAAGCUUACCCUUCGUCCCAAACGGGAGACCAUCAUCUGCGCUGGUGCAGUCGAUACUCCCAGACUCCUCCUACUCUCCGGCCUCGGCCCACGAGAGCAGCUCUCCUCUCUCAACAUCCCCGUCGUCAAAGACAUCCCGGGAGUCGGCGAGAACUUGAUCGACCACCCCGAAUCCAUCAUCAUCUGGGAACUCAACCAGCCCGUUCCCCCCAACCAGACGACCAUGGACUCUGAUGCCGGCAUCUUCCUCCGGCGUGAACCCCCCAACGCCAGGGACUUCGACGGCGACGCGGCCGACGUGAUGAUGCACUGCUACCAGAUCCCCUUCUGCCUCAACACCGCCCGUCUCGGCUACGACACCCCAACCAACGCCUUCUGCAUGACCCCCAAUAUCCCGCGCCCACGCUCCCGCGGACGUCUGUACCUCACCUCCUCCGACCCCAACGUCAAACCCGCCCUGGACUUCCGCUACUUCACCGACCCUGAGGGCUACGACGCCGCGACCAUCGUGUACGGUCUCAAGAUGGCGCGCAAGGUCGCCCAGCAGUCUCCUUUUAAAGAAUGGAUCAAGCGCGAGGUUGCCCCGGGCCCGAACCUCACCACCGAUGAGGAAUUGAGCGAGUACGGUCGUCGUGUGGCGCACACGGUGUAUCAUCCCGCCGGCACGACCAAGAUGGGCGACGUCACUCGCGACCCGAUGGCGGUUGUAGAUCCGCAGUUGAAGCUUAGGGGCUUGAAAAACGUGCGCAUCGCAGAUGCGGGCGUGUUCCCGGAUAUGCCUACUAUCAACCCGAUGUUGACGGUUUUGGCCAUUGGAGAGCGUGCGGCAGAAUUGAUUGCUCAGGAGGCCGGAUGGAAGGGGGCUGCUCCCAGGCUGUAAAGAAAAAAAGAAAGAAUGAAAGAAAUGAAAAGGUGUUAUGAUUACUUGGGAGGCAUUGUGUCUUAUUUUCAUUUUUCUCUAAUGAAGAUAUUCAUGGAUAGAUAUUGCGUUGCGUUGAUGUGUCCUGGAUGUAUAAAGUUUCGAUAUAUCCCGCCAAUUAUAUUUUGGCUUUUUGGGUGCCCAAA